UAAACUCGAAGCAGCCGCCAUUGAAGACAUCCGCCAUGUUGUGUGGAUGUUUGGGAGCUCACACGGUGUCCGGACAGCCGCCGGACAGCAGCGGUUUGUGUCCACUACAGGACUGAUGUGGAGACAGUGUGGGGCCGAGCUGGACGGGAUAAACUCUCUGAAUAUGCCCUGUGCCUUGGCGAGUCAGUCUCUGGAGCCUGUUGGCCUCACUGACGGGCUGACGGUCCCACAGGGAAAAGUCUGUAACGCGCUGUGGGGCCGCUAAGGGGCGCUGCUGAGUGUCGGACUUUCCCAGCACGUCGCGGUGCCUGAGUUUUAAAGUUACAUUUUUGCAUGUUCUUCUCAAAGACUGUUGGUUUCUUCCUCUCAUGUCUUCAUCUGAAUUCUUUCAUUAGAAGAACCAGCUGAACUCUGUCUCUGUUUGAACCGAUAAUCAAUGCAGAUAAUUUGAGUCCUUUACAGGAAAGUUUGUUGGUGAUUGUGAGGAGUUUUCACUGCCAUAAAAAGUCCAUAUGUUGUGUUUUUAUAAAUGAUGCUUUUAUUGACGGGGAAGUGAUUGAAUGUUAUUAUGCCGCAGUCUUCAUCCUGUGAAGUGAUCAGCUGCUGCAUCGAGUCCUUUUCUACACUGCAGAUGAGAUUCUGUCAGAUCACAUCAGUCCAUCUCAGUCCUUCUGUGUGUCAGUGAAUGCACCGUGUGCUGGGCUGCAGCUCUCUGACUCCAUCUAGUGGACUGAUGGUAGAAGUACAGCAGCUGAUGGCAGCUUCCUCUGCCUCACACUGCUGUGUGACUGCAUUGAACAGACGCUGACAGGAAACAGGAAACGACAGCCAAUCAGAGGAGGAGCAGCUGAUGUGUGGACAGGAGAAAGGACGUAAAGAUGAUUUCAGUGGAUGUGCACAUGAAUGAUUUGUGUUUCCUGUGCAGAUCAAAGUGUGUGUGAGCUGAGCAGCAUGGAUCAGUGUGAGGACAGAGAGGAGGGAGUCCCUCCCUCUAAAACCACUCUGUGUGGGGAACCUGGCAGCCAGACCAGAGCUCAGAGGCCAGAGCUGCAGCACAGACCAGACUCUGCUGGACCUGGAUCUGGACCUGGACCUGGAUCUGGACCCAGCUGUGUGUCCUACAAGAGUGAUUGCUCAAUGGGUGGCCUCAUAGAUUUCAAAGGACACCAACCACCUGCUGCAAAGAGAGUCAAGCAGGAGAGCUCAGAGGUUCCCAGUGGUCAGCAGCAUCAAACACACCUGGACUCCAUAUUUAUGCUGCUGGAGGAGGACAUUGUCAGGUUUGUGAAGAAGGAACUGAAGAGGUUCCAGAAGGUUCUGAGUUCAGAUUACCCAGAAGAGAGUCAGAGGGAGGAUGAGGAGGUGUUGGACGGUGAGGAUGAAGAGCAGAGGAGGAGCCGCAGAAAGGCAUUUCUGAAGAUCACACAGCACUUCCUGAGGAGAAUGAAGCAGGAGGAGCUGGCUGACUGUCUGCAGAGGAAACAUCCAGACAGAAGAGAUUGUCAGCUUAACCUCAAGUCUAACCUGAAGAAGAAGUUCCAGUGUGUGUUUGAGGGGAUUGCUAAAGCAGGAAACCCGACCCUCCUGAAUCAGGUCUACACAGAGCUCUACAUCACAGAGGGAGAGACUGGAGGGGUCAAUGAUGAACAUGAGGUCAGACAGAUUGAAACAGCAUCCAGGAAAACCAGAAGACCAGAGACAACAAUCAGACAUGAAGACAUCUUUAAAGCCUCACCUGGAAGAGAUGGACCAAUCAGAACAGUGAUGACAAAGGGAGUGGCUGGCAUUGGGAAAACAGUCUUAACACAGAAGUUCACUCUGGACUGGGCUGAAGACAAAGCCAACCAGGACGUCCACUUCACAUUUCCAUUCACUUUCAGAGAGCUGAAUGUGCUGAGAGAGAAAAAGUUCAGCUUGGUGGAACUUGUUCAUGACUUCUUCAUUGAAACCAAAGAAGCAGGAAUCUGCAGGUUUGAAGAGUUCCAGGUUGUGUUCAUCUUUGACGGUCUGGAUGAGUGUCGACUUCCUCUGGACUUCCACAACAAUGAGACCCUGACUGAUGUCACAGAGUCCACCUCAGUGGAUGUGCUGCUGACAAACCUCAUCAGGGGGAAUCUGCUUCCCUCUGCUCGCCUCUGGAUAACCACACGACCUGCAGCAGCCAAUCAGAUCCCUCCUGAGUGUGUUGACCUGGUGACAGAGGUCAGAGGGUUCACUGACCCAAAAAAGGAGGAGUUCUUCAGGAAGAGAUCCUGGGAUGAUGAGGAGCAGGCCAGCAGAAUCAUCUCCCACAUCAAGACAUCACGAAGCCUCCACAUCAUGUGCCACAUCCCAGUCUUCUGCUGGAUCACUGCUACAGUUCUGGAGGAUGUGUUGAAGACCAGAGAGGGAGGAGAGUUGCCCAGGACCCUGACUGAGAUGUACAUCCACUUCCUGGUGGUUCAGUCCAAAGUGAAGAACAUCAAGUAUGAUGGAGGAGAUGGGACAGAUCCACAGUGGAAUCCAGACAGCAGGAAGAUGAUCGAGUCUCUGGGAAAACUGGCUUUUGAGCAGCUGCAGAAAGGCAACCUGAUCUUCUAUGAAUCAGACCUGACAGACUGUGGCAUCGAUAUCAGAGCAGCCUCAGUGUACUCAGGAGUGUUCACCCAGAUCUUUAAAGAGGAGAGAGGACUGUACCAGGACAAGGUGUUCUGCUUCAUCCAUCUGAGCGUUCAGGAGUUUCUGGCUGCUCUUCACGUCCAUCAGACAUUCAUCAACUCUGGUGUCAACCUGCUGGCAGAAGAACAACCAACAUCCCAGACAUCUGAAACAAGAACAGGUGAAUCUGCAGAGACACAGUUCUACCAGAGUGCUGUGGACGAGGCCUUGCAGAGUCCAAAUGGACACCUGGACUUGUUCCUUCGCUUCCUCCUGGGACUUUCACUGCAGACCAAUCAGACUCUCCUACGAGGUCUGAUGACACAGACAGGAAAUGGCUCACAGACCCAUCAGGAAACAGUCCAGUACAUCAAGAUGAAGAUUGAAGAGAGUUCAUCUGUGGAUAGAAGAAUCAAUCUGUUCCACUGUCUGAAUGAACUGAAUGAUCGUUCUCUGGUGGAGGAGAUCCAACAGUCCCUGAGGUCAGGAAGUCUCUCCACAGAUGAAUUGUCUCCUGCUCAGUGGUCAGCUCUGGUCUUCAUCUUACUGUCAUCAGGAAAAGAUCUGGACGUGUUUGACCUGAAGAAAUACUCUGCUUCAGAGGAGGCUCUUCUGAGGCUGCUGCCAGUAGUCGAAGCCUCCAACAAAGCUCUACUGAGUGGUUGUAACCUCUCAGAGAGAAGCUGUGAAGCUCUGUCCUCAGUUCUCAGCUCCCAGUCCUCUAGUCUGAGAGAGCUGGACCUGAGUAACAACAGCCUGCAGGAUUCAGGAGUGAAGCUGCUGUCUGCUGGACUCAAGAGUCCACAUUGUACACUGGAGACUCUCAGGCUGUCAGGCUGUCUGAUCACAGAGGAAGGCUGUGCUUCUCUGGCCUCAGCUCUGAGCUCCAAACCCUCCCAUCUGAGACAGCUGGACCUGAGCUACAAUCAUCCAGGAGACUCAGGAGUGGAGCUGCUGUUUGCUGGACUGGAGGAUCCAGCCUGGAGACUGGACACUGUGAGGGUGGAGCCUGCUGGAGUCCGAUGGCUGACACCAGGUCUGAGGAAGUAUUCCUGUGAGCUCACAGUCGACACCAACACAGUAAACAGGAAGAUCAAACUGUCUGAUGGCAACAGGAAGGUGAUGUUUGUGGAGGAGGAUCAGUCGUAUCCUGAUCAUCCAGACAGGUUUGACUGGUGGCCUCAGCUGCUGUGUUCAGAGGGUCUGACUGGUCGCUGCUACUGGGAGGUCGAGUGGACGGGAGAGGUUUCUAUAGCAGUGAGUUACAGAGGAAUCAGAAGGAAAGGACAGAGUGGAGACUGCAGGUUUGGACUGAAUGAUCACUCAUGGAGACUGUGGUGCUCUGAUGAUGGUCAUUACUCUGUCUGCCACAAUAAGACAUCAACACAAAUCCACUUGCCCUCCUCCUCCUCCUCCUCCACCUCCUCCACCACCUCCUACAGAGUUGCAGUGUAUGUGGACUGUCCUGCUGGCACUCUGUCCUUCUACAGAGUCUCCUGUGACAGUCUGAUCCACCUCCACACCUUCAACACCACAUUCACUGAACCUCUUUAUCCUGGCUUUGGGUUCUGGUCCUGGCUCCCUGGUUCCUCAGUGUCUCUGUGUUCUCUGUAGGAGGGAGAGUCUCCUCCUCUUGGAGAAACACAUCAGCUGAGUCUUUAGAUGAAUGAACUUUGUACCAACUGAUUCUCCUCUCACUAACUGUGUGUUGUCAUGUGACUUAUUUUUGUACAUUUAAGAGCAGAUCUUUCAAAUAGUCUCAGUCUUGACUUUUCUUAUUAACUUUGUGGUGAUUCUGUUGUAAAAUCUGUGUGUCUCAGUGUGUAGUUGUGUAUCAGUGUGUAGUUGUGUUUGUUGUCAUGAGGAUGCUCAUCAUGUGAUCAGCUGAUUCUCUCAGUUUAGACUCAAACAUUUCAUCAGUUUCAGCUGCCUGAGCACAGAAACACGGUGAGUUUAUUCUCCUCUUUAAUCACAUUCAUUACGUCACUUUAAACUUGAAUAACAUUUCACUAAAACAUUACAGUAAAUUGAUUUAAUUCAGUUUGACUGUAAAAGUCUUUGUAACCCUGAGAAGGAGACGUUUGUUGGUGUUGAAGUAUUGAACAAAGCUGCUUUUCAAUGUUUGUUUUCAUGAAUUUGUUCUUUAUUUUUGCUUUCAUUAGCUUGACCUUAAAAUGUCAAAUUUCAUCACAAAAAUGCAAAAAUUUGUCAAAUAAAUCAACAAAUUUGUUUGAACAGUUGAUAAGUUUCAGUACUUUAAAUGAACUGAACCUUCAUUUUGUUCUUGGCUUCACUGACUCGUACUGUAAAGGUUUUAAUCAGCUGUUUAGUUUUAAUAUGCAGUCACACAUUAAAGUUAAAUCAAAACACA